AUGCUGGAAAGAAAUGCGGUGCUUUUCAUCGUUCUUCAGUUUGGCUCUCGAUUCGCCAAUUCCUUCCUGGUGACUGCAGCCAGAUACGAGUUGCUGGAGGCAGGCGGCAUCUUCCAGUUCGCAGGUGCGCAGGUGGUUACCAGCAUUGCUCGUAUGGUUGUGUCGCAGAUUGCCGGUCUGCUGACAGAUAAUUUUGCAUUGAAGAAGAUGUACGUCGCCACAGAGGCGUGCAACCUUGUGCUAGCCUUGGCCAUGUUCGCCUGUGGCCAUGAAUCCGGCGGCGUCCUCUUUAUCUUGAACAUAGGCCUGGGAUUGCUCUUCGCCUUCUCGCAACCGGUCACAAAAUCCAUGCCACCGGCCGUAACCCCUUCUCACGAGGACCUGGCUGUUAUCAACGGCUGGGACCUGACCUGUGACAAGGUGGGGCGGUACUUAGCGCCGUUUGCCUACGCGGUGGUUUCCUCCAGCUAUGGAUUCAGCUUCGCUGUGCUCCUAAGCUGUGCUCUCUAUGCUAUUCUGGCCUUGUUGCGAACACGUGUCCACGUCAACUCCUAA